AUGGACAUCGACGACAUCCUCGCCUCCGUCGACCGCGACGCCAACAUCCAAACCCCCGAAUCCGCAACCCUCGACCACCAACUCCUCACGCGCUUCUGGGUCGCCGAGCGCGCGGUUUCAGAGCUGCUACCAUGGCCGGCGAGUUUGAUGGAUAGGAUGAUGGAGAGGGUUAGGAGGCAGAUCGAAGCAAUCGAAGAUCUAGCAGCCUCAUCCGGAGACCCAACAGCAACCACCAACAACGCAACCCUGAACCUCAAACUCUCAAUCCUCCAAACCGACCUCGCCCGCACCCAAUACCUAAUCCGCUCGCUCCUCCGCCAACGCCUCUCAAAACUCACAAAGCACAGCAUGCACUACCUCCUCCUCAUAUCCCCAAACCACAACCCCUCCCAACCAACCCAAUCCUCUCAAUUAUCGCAAACCCAACAACAACAGCCCGAAGACUCCGUGCCCACACCAGAUGAUAUGGCGAAUACGAGUCCAUUAUCGCCGCAGGAGACGAGUUUUAUACAUGCGCACCAGACGCUUCUUGCAAGGCAUUAUGGUUCUUCGUUUUUGAGCGCGUUUCCGCCGCAGUUGAGAAGGUUGGAUGAUAAUGCGGGGGGGACGAGUAUGGUGCAGGGGCCGGAGGGGAAGGAGGCGGUUUUUGUGAGGUGUUUGGUUGAUGAGGUGGGGGUUGUUGUGCCACCAGGGGAUGGGGUGGAGGAGAUGGUUGGAACGGGGAUGAGGAUGGGGGAUGUUUGGGUUGUUAGGUGGGAGGGGGUUAGGGGGGCUUGGGAGAGGGGGGAGGUUGAAGUUCUUUAG